CAGAUGAUUAACAAUGUUUCAUAACAGUUUAACAUUUCGAUUCAGUUAAGAUUUAGCAAACCUAAGUUGGUUAGUAAUAUAAAAUCACCAUAAAUACGUUUCCAUUGCACAGUAGAUCCAAUACGAUUACUGCAUGCGGAAGUCGGACAGGUGGAGUUAAUAUUUUAUAACUUAUUUCUUGAAUGAAAGCGGAUAUUAAUUUCGGAGGAAAAGUGCAAGAAAACCAGACUGAGUAGACGGAUUUUUCAGUCUUUUUCAGCAGUGUUUUAUCUAGUCAGCGAGUGGUCAGUUACACACGGUGAGGGUCGUGCUUGACCGAUUUAAAUGAUAAAGCUAUUUAUUACCUGUAUGAGGAGGACUCGUGUCUCUCUGCAUCCUUAAUAUCUCAGUUCAUGCCGUGCAAUAAAGCCUGAUAGCUCCCUACUCUCUUUAUUCUAUUUCAACCUUUCAACAAGUAUUUUUCUUGAGGCAGUAUGGGCACAUACAAAGAGGAAAUAAGAAAAACUUCAACGGAUAAGGGCCAUACACGCACUCUGGCAUUAAUGGUGACAUCCACAGCUAUUGGAGGAACACUACAAUAUGGAUACAACCUGGCCAUAAUGAAUGCACCAACUGUUUUCAUUCAAAACUUCCUCAAUGAGACAUUUCUGGAGCGAUGGGGAAUGCAGUUAGAGGUUUAUGAGAUAACACUGAUAUGGACUUUUAUAGUUUCCAUCUUCUCAUUGGGCGGUUUUAUUGGGGCCUUGGUAGCAGGGCCAAUGUCUAUCCGUUUUGGGAGGAAGAAGACUAUGUUGCUGAACAAUAUUUUCUUAAUGCCAGGUUCACUAUUAGCAUUGCUGAGCCGAACUGCCAAGUCUUUUGAGAUGAUUAUCAUCUCCAGAUUUCUGGUUGGCAUAAAUGCAGGCAUUAGUAUGAAUGUACAGCCCAUGUAUUUUGGUGAGAGUGCUCCAAAGCACUUAAGAGGGGCUGUGUCCCUCUCCUCAGCUGUCUUCACCUCAUUUGGUGUGGUAUUGGGACAGGUGGUAGGUUUGAGGGAGCUGUUAGGUUGUGAGUCAUGUUGGCAAUACUUAUUGGCCAGUAACGCUAUCCCAGGCUUUAUUCAACUCCUCACCUUGCCCUGGUUUCCAGAGAGUCCCCGCUAUCUCCUCAUUGACUGUUCGGACAAAGAUGCCUGCUUGCAGGCACUGCGGUGUCUACGUGGCUGUGAUGUGCAGAGAGAAGAGCUGGACGAAAUUCUGCAGGAACAGGAUGAAACCAAGGGAGAGCAAGCCAAACAGCCAUGGGAACUUCUUACUGACCGCAGCCUUCGUUGGCAGCUAAUUUCUGUGGCAGUCCUGAGCAGUGCCAUGCAACUGUGUGGCAAUGAUUCGAUUUACUUCUAUGCAUCGUAUGUAUUCCAAGAAGCAGGUAUAUCUGCUGGAAUUAUCCAGUAUGUGACCAUUGGUACUGGCAUGUGUGAAUUCACCGCCUGCAUUCUGUGUAACUUGUUGAUUGAAAAGAUCGGUAGGAAGCUGAUGUUAAUGGGCGGCUAUGUUCUCAUGACAGGAUGGGCUAUAGUCUUUACUGUGGCUCUUUCGCUUCAGAAUAUAAUUCACUGGAUGCCCUACUUGAGCAUGGCUUGUAUCUUCACAUACAUUCUCAGCUUUGGCAUGGGACCAGCUGGGGUGACUGUAAUCCUCCCUACGGAGAUUUUUAACCAGACAGCACGUCCUGCUGCCUACAUGAUUGCUGGUUCUUUAAUGUGGCUGAACCUCUUCACUAUCGGGAUGAUCUUCCCAUUCCUUGUGAGUGGUCUAGGACAGUAUUGCUUUGUGCCAUUUGGGGCUGUAUGCCUCCUAUCUGCUUUGUAUAUUCAGUUGGUUCUACCAGAAACCAAAGGAAAGACCCUACCGAUGAUCACUAAAGAGUUUUACCUGCUCAACUACCGUGAACAAGAGGAGAUGGAUCCAGAGCGAAAACAAGCACAUUACCAAUUAGGGGAAAUCUGCCAUUCCACUGCCUUAUAGAAGUGGCUUGUCUAGUGCGUUAAAUAUUUUCAUCAGCUAAAUGUACGUAUUCUGGGGGAAAAUGCCUUUCUUCACUCACAUUGCCUGCCUAUUAAAUAUUAUUUUCCACAUAACAAGACUUUUACCUGGUUGAUUUUUCUCUUUGUAAAUACUUUUUUAGUUUUGUCAGCACAUUUGAUACAGCAGAUUAGUUCAGAUUAUACUGAAGUAGGCUGAUUUAGCUGUAACAUGCUAUUAGUGUGCAAAUAUUAAAGCCUGGUAGGUCAAUGUGACACAGCAACAUUUUUUGCCGUAACCCUAUUGCUUUUCUAUGGCAACAGAGAGCUUUAGUUCACAGUAAGCAUGUGGUUCUGACUGUUUUUAGAACAGAUUAAGAAAGCUAUGCUCCAAAACCUAUUGUUGCAUAUUUCUGCAUAACUGUCUGAGCAAAUAGGCAAACAUUUUUAGAAAAGUCUUGGCUACUUAUUAUCAGAAAAGACCUCAAACUAUUGUUUGACAGAUCCCGAGAGUUAAGUUAUACAGUAGUUUCUGUACUAUGUAGAUACUGAACUGUACUGAUAAAGGCCUAGAUGGGAAAAUUCUAAAUGUUAAUUAAGUUGAAAACACUUAAAUACCAAAUAAAGAUUUAUGACCAUAGUGAAAUGAAUUAGUUUAUGGAUUUUCAAAAUGUUUCACAAAUGUUGUAAUUUCACUUGUUUUAUUUUGGUCAUAAAUAUAUGUUCUACAAAACAAUUGUUUUCACUAAAUUUUAUAUACUUUUAUUUUUUAUGUUGAUUAUUUUAAAACCUCACCAAAAUGCUCCACAAACCUUUGCAGUUUGGUCUAGUUUUUGUCUGUAGUAAAAAUAUUUAGAUUGAUUUUGCUGCAUUUUUUAUACAGCGUCAACCACAAACAACACAUUAUAUACUAUAAUAAGAGCACUCGAUUCCCUUGAAUAACCUGAUUUUUUGCCAUGUUCAUCUGGUCAUCCUAGUUGUAAUGAAACCACCAUAUCAAAAGUUGGCAUCAAAUGAGAUAAAUAUUGUAUAAACAAAUCCAGCACCCAGUAAUUAAAUAAAAUAUUGAG